AAAAGGAAAAGGAAAAGGAAAAAGGAAAAUAGUAGACAGGGGCAAGUGUCUAGAUUCAUUCAUUCAAAGAUGCACCGAAGAAACAGAAGCCUCGAGAAGAGGGCAGACCUCAACAAACACUGAUGCAUUGCUGCCCAUUCCUUCUUCAAUUCCCUUGUUUUGGUUUCAGCUCACAUAAACUCGUUCGUUUCUCUUCUCUCUCUCUCUCUCUAUCGGACAGAGAAGCAGACAGGUUUAUUUAAGGAUUUGCAUUCCUGACAGAAGAAACGUUUACGAUGUCUACUCUGAGCAAUUCAACAAAUAUAUUUUGGCAAGAAUGUCCAGUUGGGAAGGUUGAAAGGCAAAAGCUGCUUAAUCAAAAGGGGUGUGUUGUAUGGAUUACAGGUCUCAGCGGAUCAGGGAAAAGCACACUGGCAUGCUCCUUAAGUAGAGAACUGCACUCUAGGGGAAAGAUGUCCUAUGUCCUUGAUGGAGAUAACCUUCGGCAUGGACUAAACAAGGACCUUGGUUUCAAACCAGAAGAUCGGACUGAAAAUAUACGCAGAGUUGGGGAAGUGGCAAAACUCUUUGCGGAUGCUGGUUUGAUCUGUAUUGCCAGUCUGAUAUCUCCGUAUAGAAAAGAUCGGGAUGCUUGCCGUGCAAUGUUGCCAGAUGCAAAUUUUAUUGAGGUUUACAUGAACUUGCCUCUAGCAUUGUGUGAAGCAAGAGAUACAAAAGGCCUUUACAAGCUUGCACGAGCUGGAAAGAUCAAAGGUUUCACUGGGAUAGAUGAUCCUUAUGAACCUCCAUUGAACUGUGAGAUUGAAAUUCAACAGAAAGAAGGGUUUUGCCCAACGCCAGGUGCCAUGGCAGUGCAAGUAAUGUCUUACUUGGAGGACAAAGGAUUUCUUCAAGAUCAGUGAUGGAGCCUCCUACAGUUGACGACCACCGGAACAUUGAUCCUCCAAUAAUCAUUCUACUAUCAAAGUAGAGGAUGAUAUCAUUUCAAACACAAGUGAUGGGAUACAGAUUAAUGCUUUAACCCCUUCAGGCUAUUGGUAGAAAAAUAGUAGGCUUCAACUACUUAUCUGAAUGUUUGAAACGAUGGAGGUAAAUAUUUUUCUGUUUUUUCUAGAUUGGUGCUGUGCUGUGCUGUGCUGUGCCUGUCAACUUAGUAACAUCUUCUCUUAGCUCAUUACCAGCCUUCAUUUUUUGGGAAAUAAUGGGAAUCUUCGUUUCAGGUCAUCCAAAAAGGUAUCAGUUGUAAAAAGUAAUUGUAUCUUUUCCACUCCAAUUUAAAGUCCAUAACUUUCCUUGUA